GGGGAGGGAUAAGCGCGAGGUAGGGACUCCUCGCGGGCUCAUCAUCCCCUCAGUAAAGGGCUGGCGGUGCUUUCACGAGGACAUCGCGGUUGUCAGCUUUAUUCUUCAAGCGCGAAACGCUUGAACGUUUGUCAUCUAGCAGCGCUCGGAACUUCCACCACUCAAAAGCGACCACCAUGUGGACUUACAAAAUACUGCUCUGUGUAGCUAUCCUGGUUUACUCAGAAAGCAAGAGGCACGCUCUACAGGACUACAAAAAGACAGAUGGUAUUCGCCUGGUCGCUCCACCUGACUCCUCAUGCAUGACCAAGAGCAAGAAGAUGAGUUUGGGAAAGUGUGCCCGUCGCUGCAGCCGAAACAGGAAGCUUCCCUUCACCUGCAGAGCAUUCAGCUUUGAUCAGAAUGGCACAAAGUGUCAUUUGCUCUCCUUUGAUAGCUUCAUAGUGGGUGUCCACGUGGAGAAUGACUUCAACUUUGACCUUUAUGAGAAAAAAGAUUUUGUAAGAGAGUGCAUCGUUGGCACAGGACUGAAUUACAAAGGGAUACGAUCGGUAACUGAGGCUGGAGUGGAGUGUCAGAACUGGGAAUUAAACACCCCACAUGAACAUGAUUUUUUACCUCGGCGACACAAACAGAAGGACCUUCGAGGGAACUUGUGCCGGAACCCAGACAACAGCACCACAGGACCUUGGUGCUUUACGAAGAACCCAAACAUACGCUACCAAAACUGCAACAUUCCUCAGUGCUCAGAAGUGGAAUGCAUGAAGUGUAACGGGGAAAGCUACCGCGGACCCAUGGACCACACGGAGAGCGGUCGGGAAUGCCAGCGCUGGGACCUGGAUGAACCGCACAAGCACCUCUUCCACCCCAAAAGGUACCCAGAUAAAGGCCUGAAGGACAACUACUGUCGGAACCCAGACGGGCGUCAGAGGCCCUGGUGCUUCACCACAGAUGCCCACACGGCCUGGGAGUACUGUGACAUCAAACAGUGUGCCUCUGACAACAACAGUGAUGUUGAAACAAGUACAGCAUGUUUCCGUGGCAAUGGAGAAGGGUAUCGUGGGACAGUGGAGGUCAUUCACGAGGGCCUGAAAUGUCAGAGAUGGGAUGCCCAGUUUCCUCAUCCGCACCCUUACACACCACAAAACUACCACUGCAAAGACAUGAGGGAGAACUACUGCAGGAAUCCCGAUGGACGCCAUGCCCCAUGGUGCUUUACUACUGACCCCAGCAUCCCUUGGGCCUUUUGCACGGACAUCCCACGCUGCGGAUCAGCAGCAGCUGGGCCAGAGGAGUGCUAUAUGGGCAAUGGAGAGACGUACCGAGGCAAGCAGGUGAAGACUCGCUCAGGCAUCCCCUGUGCUCUAUGGAAUGACCACUUUGAGAGGGGCGAGCAUGUGGCAGUGACGCUAAGUGACGAAUUGGAAGGUAAUUUCUGCAGGAAUCCAGACAAGGACAAACACGGGCCAUGGUGCUAUACCAACAGCUCCCUCAUCCCCUGGGACUACUGUACAAUCAAGCUCUGUGAGCAGUUACAAAAUAAUCUACCACAGAGAGAUGAGGUUUCAGACAUCUCCUGUUUUGUUCAUAAGCAAGUGAGGAUAGUGGGUGGGGGCCCCAUACCGAUAAAAGAUGGCAGCUGGAUGGUCAGCAUACAAAAAGGGGCCACUCACUGGUGCGGCGGCUCCCUGGUUCGGGAAGAGUGGGUGUUGACGGACAGGGAGUGCUUCUCCUCAUGUGUGCCUGACCUGUCCGAGUACAGAGUGUGGCUGGGCUCUGCCCAUCUCAAUGAGUCUGCUGAGAACAAUUGGAGCAGGCAGGAGAGGAGGAUUGCCCAUGUUGUCUGUGGCCCAGAGGGCUCUGGGCUUGCCUUGCUACAGCUGGCACAACCUGCUCUCAUUACAGAGCAGGUGAGGAUCAUUCAGCUGCCCGUGGCUGACUGCAGCAUCCAAGAGGGCAUCGUCUGCUCGACGUAUGGCUGGGGGGAGACUAAAGAUACGGGUCAUGAAGGCAAGCUGAAGAGUGUCCAACUGCCCAUUGUCAGCAAUGAGCGCUGCCAUCAGCUACACCGAGGCAGUCUUCAGAUCACUAAUGCUAAAGUGUGCGCUGGCGGGAAGAGAGAUGAAGGAGUGUGUGAGAAAGACUAUGGUGGCCCACUGGUAUGUCAGGAGAAGGGCAGUAAAGUUAUAGUAGGUGUGAGCAUCCAUGGCAGAGGCUGUGCUCGACACAACCGGCCAGGCAUCUUUGUCAACGUGGCCCAUUACACUGGAUGGAUUCAUAAAGUAUUCAAAACCUACCCUUAUUCAGACUUCAAUUACUGAAGCAGUGGCUAGAAGAUGGGCCAUCCAGAGGACGUGAUGCGAACUUCACCUUCUGAUGAAACCAGACGUGAAUGUCAUCCACAUCUUAUUAUGUAAUCAAAAUUACGGUUAGUAACAAAAAAAUAUGCCCAAAAUGUGGAUUCUGUCCUAUUGGAGUAGAUUUGUUUGAUCAAGAACUGUGUGGUUAAGGACUUUCAGUGUGGGAGUGUUUGACUUAGGCUGCACUAGAGCUGCAAGUUGUGGGAACAACCUGUAGGCUAGACAAGCUCUCUAAAGGCAUUUUUACUACAUAAGUAAGGAUAAGGACUGCUGUUAGCUAUUUUGGAAACGGUAUUUAAUGACUGUAGCAAUACUCGACCAUUGACCAAAAACCUCAGCUUCUAGAAUAUAGCUUUGGCCCAAACUACCACAAACUCUUCUGCAGCUCACACACGACAUGCCUGGACACAAAUGAGGAUUUACAAAUUAAUAACUGACCUGACCUGGAAUCCUGGUUUCCAAAGCCAGGAACUAGAUUAUCAGAAAUUCCCAAUGUAUAAAAUCUGUUUCAUUUACAGAAGUAAAGGAAAAAAUGGCAUCCUUAUUGUGCAAGUAGAAAAAUAGCCUACAGUAUUAUAUGUUGCGGAGUGCUGUGCAUACUAUAUGUGUAGAAUAUCUUGUGGAAAGUAGUAUUCCUAAAAUAUUUUUAUGUGUCUGAUAAUACUUGAAUGCACACACAUACAACAAAACACUGUCUGCUAAUUCUUAUGUAAGGCAUUGAAGGUUGGGUUUGCUUUAUGCAGGUGUUUAUGUUUGUGACCAGUGAACAGUCUAGUCAAGAUAACAUGUCCCCAAAAUAUAUUGUUUGAAUUAUUAUCAGAAGCCAUAGAAGGAUUUGAAAUAUGUGUUGUAAAUACUGUAGUCAUAUGAGUGUUGCAAACACUCCCAAUGCUUGAGUAGGUCUCAUAGACCUUUUUACUGGAGGUUUUAAAAUAUAAUGCCUUCUUAAGUGUGGUUUUAGUGAGUGGUGUUACAUGUUUCAAAAUGAAGUACAUUUAUUCAUGACCACUAUACUUGAUAUUAUAGCCACUAAAAAGCCAACCUGAACGAAAAAGAAGGAAGUAAGUGCUCAAUUUAUGUUUUAACACUUAAAUGUACAUGCUUUUUAAAUGAACUCAUCAAGAGUUUAAAGACUGUGUUAUUGUAUGUAUGUAUGUGUGUGUUUGUGUAUAAAUGUAUAUAUCAACAUGUGCGAUAUGGUUCAGUUGUGUCAGAAAUGCCACUGGUGGGAUACAGCUCUGCAGGACAGAGGGAGACUGCAUACGUGUGUGUGUGUGUGUGUGUGUGUGUGUGUGUGUGUGUGUGUGUGUGUGUGUGUGUGUGUGUGGAACAAAUACCUGGCGCUUCUUCCACACAGUGAAGAUAAAGGACUAAACAAGCAGUUAGGUUGAGAGAUUAGUUUUCGUGUUUUUGUAUACUCGAUAUGUUGGAAGACAAAUCCCUAUCCAUCAGUUUUCUUCAGUGUGGUCGUAGAUUGCUCCGAAUACAAUUUUCUCAUUCUUGACCUCUUACACUGUCUGGACUGCCUCCAAAAACAAUCAACUUGGGAAAUUACCUCGAAAACUAUGUCAGCUAAAACAAAUACCACACUAAAUGUUGGCAUUCUACACACUCAUGAUGCUAAUAGUGUUAUUUUACAUGAAGGAUGAGUUUAAUUUGUAUGGGUCCAAUGGCAGAAGUCUUUACAUUAUGUUGUUCAGCUGAACACACAAUGUUCAGUACAAAUGUCAAGACAAGUCAGAUAUCUUACUCUGAUAACUUUCAAAAGAAAAUCAGAGACAGAAACUGCCUGACUUUGGAGAGUAAGGCAUUUAAAUUCAUGGUACCACAAAAGAUUAAAAGACUGAGUUGAGCCUGUUUGUAUACGUAGAAUAAAAAUAAUCAACCCAGCUUUACUAUUCAAGUUAGCCAACUGCUCUGCAUUUUUCCUUAGGACCCUUAUAAAUCCUUUUUGUAUUACUUUUUUCUUUAUGUUUUUAAUGUGGGUGUAAAUGUGUGCUACUCACUUGAAUGUACAGUGCUGCUAUCACAAGGUUGUAAAUGUUGUGUAUGUACAGUGUUUUUCCUCACUCUUUCAUUCUUUGUGUGGGGAUAUUCAUAUUCAUUGUAUUAUUCACAUGUAUGGUCACGCUGAAUUACACUGACAGCUGUAUUUAUCUGCUCCUGUGA